ACACAGAUCUCUUGGGAUCGAGGAUAUAAAUGGGGGAAAUGCAGCCAAUAGGUCAUUAUACAAAUUAACAAAAGCAGCCUGUGCACUGAAAGUCAAUAUUUGGAUUUAAUAUUCAAGGCAACGUCCUUUCACUUCAACCAUUUAAGGUGGUAGGCACCUACUAACAAAUGGGGUUCAAGCGAAAGUCAAAACAUCUGUUAUACACUUUAGGGUUUUUAUAUGAAUGUUUAAAAAUAAUGGUUAAAAAGUUACGAUUGAAAUGUCCAUUUGUCUGAGUAAGGGAGCAGAUAAAUUACAUUAUUUAUCUUUAGUGGUGCCCACUAAUAAAAGGCGUAACGUCACCACAUCCGUGUUAAUAAACCAUCCGGCGUAUUAAUAUUUUGUCAAUUAAAUAAGGCUACUGAGGAAAGCACGUCACGAAUUCAAUGACGAUAACUAAGCAAGUGACAAGUUUAUGUAGUGCUAACAAUACGUCACAAUAACAGGCAACGUAUAUGACAUUAAAACACUGUACUAGACUCUAAUAAUAAUGUUAACUUAUUAGCAAGUUAGCUAUUGGCAUUUCAACUGUCAGUAAACCAGCUAGCAGGUUUGACGAUGUGGCUAAAACAGCUAACUAACCUCCCGAGCAGGUAGACGCCUCCUGGCCUUUAUUUACGCCCCACAUGAAAUAAUACGAGGGCUUAAUUCAUUUUAAAAUCCGACAUUCAGCAACAGAUGCUCGGGUCCAUGCUCCCAAACUAGCAGGCUAACGUGCUACAGGGGGCUAGCAAGCGAUAGCAGUGAUGAAGGAAAAGGCCAGAAUCUCUGACCUGCACUUGAAGUUUGCAGAGAAGACGUGGAACGAUACUUUUCAGCUCGUUCGAAGAUGCAUGGAGAAAGCCAGAGAUGCAUCUAAACCCUGUGAGCCGCUGGUUCGAUCCCUGGAAAGACUCCAGGAGGUGUUUAAUGUGUCUUCUAUGAAUACAACGCGAUGCCGCCUGGAAAUGACGGCCAAACAACAAGGGAUGGGUUUUCACAUCACUGAGUCCACGUGCUACCUGACGGCCGACUUAUUCUACCUGGAAGUGCUGUUGCUGCCAUGUGGUGGAGUGGAGGAGGUUAAGGUGGCCAAACAUGGAGAACCCCCUGUUCCCAGUGUGUCCCUUCUUCAGCUGCUGAGGUCCAAGAAUUUUGCUGAAUUCUCCCAGAAGCUGGGAGGUCUCUUUGCUCAAUACAACAUCCCAGGAGACAAUGAAAUCAAAUUGAAACUGUUGGCGUCUCUGCAGCACCUUGAGAAAGACUUGCAGCAAUUAUCACAUUUGCCAAGAGCACCAAAGUACGAUGACCCCCAAAUGGAGACUAUAAACAAUGGCAGGAUUGGACAUCUAACGGCAGGGAAAGAAGAUUGUCCUCUGACUGUGCAGUUCUUCACCCCCCCGCCUGAUGCAAUUAAGUCUUCAGAUUCACGCUUGUCACCAGUUGUCCAGGCAGCCCAGGUAACCGUGGGCGACAGCGACGUGACUCACAGGCUUCAGAUGGCGUCUGUGAUCCAGCAGCCUCCGCAGCUGGAUCCCCAGGGUUUCCCUGUGUUCGCUCCACUGGCUGAGGUACCGAGUGAGACAUUGCCUGCCUGUUUCCUGUUCAAGCUGCAGCCUCCGAUUCCAACGAUGACGUCUUUUAUAAAGGAGCUCAACCAAAUUACUCAUGUGGCUGUACCAGAUGUUGACCUGCAGUGGGCACCAUUACCCAAGCUUCUGAUGAGAGGCUCACAGAGUCCAGACAGCCACUGGGAGGCAUCGGACAAAAAGGAGACAGUCUUUACAGUGUCUCUUCCUGGUGGUGAGAUGCACAGCUACGUUCUCCCCGGAGCUGCGUGGGAUGCGGCCGCCCAGAGAGGGGCGUUGGUGGAGAGUGUUCCCUUCACCCAGCCGGCUCACGUCCCAGCCUUACUGGAGCUGCUCCGCCACCAGUGUGUCAUUAACACCCUGCUGAGGAGCUGUUUUAAUCUAGAGUCCUCCAGACUCAGUUCAGUGUGUGACCUGCAUUUUGAAGUCCUUCCAGAGUCAGACACCAGCUUUUCUGUGACCUUCCGCCGACCUGACGCUGACUCCCUCGCUGUUUUGCUGGUGAACGUAUCUAAUGCUCAUGAAAUCAGCUGCAGCUUGUUUGGAGGAAGAACAUGUGACCCCUCCAUGGAUGAAUACAUCUCUACGGUCAUGAAGCAGUGCAUGUCUGUUCCCGUGACCAUGAAGACGCUACACAGCAAGCUGCAGGAGAUCACCUCUGCCCCUCUUUUUCCCAGCCUUCCGGCCACCACAGAAGCCCAAAAUGACCAGUCGGGUUCCUCGAAUGCAGCUGCAGCAGACGCCAACAGUGACUCGGUCACGUUCUGUCAGAGCGCAGCUGUGUCAGAAGACACAGGCCUCAGCGUUUCUGGUUCCGCCUGCUGUGCUGCGUCUGUAGCCAAAUCUGAGCCUCAUCCUGAAACAAACACGAGCCCCACUGAUAGCCCUUACCUUUUACCUCCUGUGGUUGUGUUUCCACCAUGCGUUGGCAGUAAUGGCCAACCGCCAGAGCUGAUGUGAACCUUUUUUCAGCUUCUAUUUGUUUUGUUUUUUUGUUUUUUGUUUUUUUUUUUGGGGGGGGGGGUUUGGUUUUGGAAGUUUGAUUCUGUGUAAUGCAGCUAGUGCAUAAUCACACCCAUCUCCUGCAUAACACUCAAGUGUUUCUUACUUUGCAUUCCAGUGUGGCAGAGAAAGCUGGCUGCAAAGGGCUGAGGUUUGGCAUUUGACCUCAGGCAGCCAAGAGCCCAGCAGAUUGGUACCAUGUGAACUACUCGAACAUUGGUAAAGGAUAAACAUCAUUAAAAUGGUUUUAUAGGAUGCACAGAUAACGGCGAGGGUCUACCAUCUGCACAGCUCUGAAAUGUAUCGUGCUACUCUGAAGCACCGCUUCUUUAGAGGAAAAAUAAAGUUUUGCACAAAUGACA